AUGGGCGACCUCAUCACCCGUUAUCUUGGAGCCCUCUCUGCAAUACAAAUUGAGCGCGGAAAGGUUGUCCAUUACAUCUAUCAACUCGAGGAUGGGAAUCUCAUAAAAAAGUCCUUCUUCCAAGACUGGUCACUUCCGGAUUUCAUUGGGCCAGCAAGACCAGGUGCAUCCGUCGCGCAUUAUCUCGACGAUUCAAAGGAGAUUGUGGUUUCUUUAAACGAAUCAAACGUUCUACAGGAUUAUCAAUUUGAUAUAGACGAGGAGGAAUGGACAUUGGGAGGUUUAUCGGAUUUGAACUACGUAGCGACUCCCGGCACUAAGCUAUCCAUUACGAAACAUGAGGAAACCUUACAUCUUUACUAUCAGAAAGAGUCUGGAACGAUCCAGGAGCUAGUUCUGCCUGUUUCAAGCAACGAGGCCACAUGGAAGGCUUCAGAAGAACUUUCGGUGGCUAAUCCGCUCAAGGACACAAGUAUCUCCGCUGUUAAUCUAGCUGGUACCAUACAUGUUUUUUAUGUAAAUCUUGAUAGAUGUAUUCAUCGGUGUUCUUACGAGGGAAAUAGUUGGCAAGACAACAAUACCGGUGGACUCGAGGAUGAAAGUCUUCCGAUCCGGAUUGCCGCCUCGAUUCAAAAAGAUAGACUCGAAGUAUUUUAUAAGACAGAAAUGGGAGAUAUAGUGGCCCUGGAAGAAGGAGUAGGUCGAAGAAAAAUUGGGACUGUGGGAGCUGAUGGUGCAUUUAUGAGUGCUAUUGGGGGAGAUCGAGAGGAACGGUUCGCGGCGGGUGUAGUGGACUCCCGAAUAUGUGUAAUUACUUGA